AUCCACAUGCGUCUCUUAACGUGCAUUUGAUUGUGUACAUGAUGCUCAAUGCGCUGCAGGCUGAGAGUAUCAAACGAGCACGAUAUCGUGACUAAAACCAAUAAAUGAAAUCCUCUACAUGAGCUGGAGGACGAGAACAGAAUAGUUUGACAUUUGUCAAUCUAUAAUUAAUUCCUCUACGGUGUUUCAAUGAGACAACGACACAGAAACGGUGUUUGGACUGUUCAAUACUUUACUAAAGGAACCCCCAGAGAUGGAAACAAAGAAAAAACUGCUGAGUAAGCUAUAAAAUCCUGUCCUGUGCUGUUAAAUCUACAGCUUGAUCAGCAUCAAACACUGGUACUCUGCACUCAGCGUGCAACUACUGAUCUGCCAGCUGUGAUUUACAGAGAAAGAGGACCAUGACCUGAGAAGUGAGGCUCCUAUCACCUUGUCUACAGAAGUCAAACUAAAAUCCAGAUUCAAUAGGAGUGCAAAUCAGCUGUCUGAUUUAGACCUGCACUUUCAGCAGCUGAGAGAAUAACCACAAACCCAUGCUCCUAUGUGACCCUUCAUCCUUCACUCCAAUCAAAGGCUCCAACAUGCAUCGAACAAAUAGCGACCGGAGCAGAGCAAGAUGUCUCAAGAAGAAGAGGAGAUUCAUGUCUUCCAUCAAGGGAGUUUCUCACCUCUCCAGGCGAACUAAGAGACGCUUGUAUUGUAAAUUACAGCUUUGGAUGUGGAGGAGGCGGAAAGAUAAAUGCAAUUUUGGGAUCUAUAGAACAAGGAAACACGCUUGUGCGAGCAGCCCCAGCUCUGGCUCCGGCCUCAGUGUAACCACACAAUCACAAAAAAACAAAAUCAAAGCUCCAGCAUUUCACACGCCACAUUUGAACAAUUCAGAUGUUGGAACCUCAACUCUUGUGAGCAGUAAUGGAGAGUCAGAAGAGUCACUCAGGCGGCAGAAUUCCCUGCUCAGCCAGAGCGAAUCUAUUAGUCCAACAGAGAAAUCAACUUUCUCAUGCUCCUCGCAGAACCUCCUCAAGGACACAAAUGUUGCUUUAGGUAAUGUCGUUGAAAAUGUGCCUCCUCAAAAAGAAGACACUUUGGUGCAGCUGAUUGAAAUGGGCGACCCUGUAGAAGAGUGUCACACUGUCAAACCUCUUCUGACUUCAGACAGAAGUACAUGUACAAAUGUAAAAGAAUCAAGGACUGUGCUAUCAGCUCAGAGACCUGAGAUUGACAGCCCAUCAGGACAGUUGACUCCUCUCACUCCAUGUCAGGAUCAGACUACAAACAACAAAGCAGACGAGAAUACCACCUCAAGAAAAACAUUGUCCUCUCAAGAUGAUGUCUGCCUUAAAGUUCUGACUGAAGACAUCCACGGAUUUCUGGACGACUUCUACAGCACGUAUGGAAGUUUCAUACCACUGCAGAAGACCGACGUGUUGAGACAUGUGAAGAGGAGAUGUAACGUUGAUUUCAAUGGCAGAAAAGAUUUCAUAUCCUCGGAGGUGGCGAGAUAUAGAUAUGCUUUGGUUCAGGAACCUGCUCCCUUCUUCCGGGUGGUCUACAAGAAACACUCUCUGACCCUGGAUGACUUGUCUACACUAGCAGAUCAGAACUGGCUCAACGACCAGGUAAUGAACAUGUAUGGAGAACUGAUUAUGGAAUCUGGCCAUCACAAGGUCCAUUUCCUCAAUAGCUUCUUUCACAGGCAGCUCAUGAUGAAGGGAUAUGAUGGUGUAAAGAGAUGGACAAAGCAGGUGGACUUGUUUUCCAAGAGUUUGCUUUUGGUGCCUGUCCACCUGGAAGUACACUGGUGUCUGGUGACAGCUGACAUGGUCAGAAAGAAGAUCUGUAUCUAUGACUCGAAAGGGAACGCACUUCAGAAGAUCGCAAGGAACAUCCUGAAAUACUUGAUGACCGAAGCAAAGGAGAAGAAACAAACCGAUUAUGAAAAUGGCUGGGCGGUAUCUUUUGAUGAGAAAGUUCCGCAACAGACCAACGAGAAUGACUGUGGAGUUUUUGUCUUAGAGUAUUCUCGAUGUCUUGCCCUGGCCAAACCUCUGCAGUUUUCACAGAAGGACAUACCAAAGAUUCGCAAAAGGAUCUACAAAGAGCUCUGUGAAUGUAAACUGCAUGAACAAGGCUGACGAGUAACUUAAAGAUGUGUGUUUGUAUGGACUAGUGAUGAUAUGUGCUGCUCUAAUCCAGAAAGGAAACCUGUACCUGGCACAAGCAUCUUUAAGGUGAUGCGUAAUGCACUUUGGGUGCAUAUGAAGGACCUCAUUAGGAGCAUGUCAGUCUUCUAUCAGGUGCUCUAUUUAUUCUAAAUCAUAAUCUUUGUAUGAUAACUGUAUUCAUACGAACAAUAUUAAAACAGCUAUGUUGACCGGAGUUCACAUCUACGGUGCACCAACAGUCUCAGUGAAUGGACCUCCUGGCUGUCUUAUAAACUGAUAUAAACUCAUCUGUGUUGAAGGGUUUCUAUUUUCUGUUCACCUUGUUCGCACAUGUAAAGAUAACUUGUGUAUCAUUUAUAAAAAGUCUAUUGGAUGAUUGACAGUGUGAUCUUUGUAGAAAGGCGAGUUCUUUGAAAUGGACUUUUUUUUUUUUUAGUUAUCAAGUUUGCUGUGCAGUAGAAAUCUGUAUGUACAGUUUGAGAUAAAGUUUUGAGAUAAAAGCACA